AUGUACUUCCGCAUCCUCCAAUGCCCCACUGCGCGCGCGCCGACGCCGCCGCAUCCGUAUUACUACUAUCGGCAUACCCCCUCGUCUUCAUCGUCGCGUGCGUUAUUAGAGCUACAGGAGGGGGUGCUGGUGGAGGAGAAGGCGCAUGUGCCGUACUACGAGCACCAGUAUAACAAGGAGCGGCGGCGGCAGCAGCAGCGCGGGAAGGAGAGGCUGAGGAGUGGGGAGACGGCGGUGAGGAGGUUGGGGGGGAGAAGGUGGCUGGUGGUGGGGUGGGAGGAGGAGGCAAGGUGGGGGGCUUGA